AGCCAUUUUGGCUCAAGAGCCGUUCUGGGUCAAUCCGCGUUGGCUAUGUAGCACCUUGUCGGUACCUAUUUCGGACUCACUGGAAACAUAUUUCGCUACAUGGGAUCGCAUGAUUUGCCCAUGGAGGAGGACACCAUUCGACUGAAUAGCGAGAACGCUCGCCUGCGAGCGUUGUGGUUUCCCAUAUUUAGCGAAACUGAAAUGGAAGCGCGUUACGUCGCGACCGUGAUACGUACAUCUAUUCGAGCGAAGCUCGUCAGAAUCUGGCUGGUGCUGACUGUCGCCUGGAUUGUUGGCUUUUUCGGCAAAUCUGUAGUUCUUCGUGAUUCUGGGCUUAGCAGUGUUCGCGCAUCCGUGCACGGUGGGCAGGCUGCUCUGGCCGCGUGUAUCCAAGUACUGCUCGCCCUUCGGUUCGCGCCAGCGCGAUUUUUUACAUGCUUUGAACUGGAUUCGAUUGUAGCAGCGCUGACGAUCACUGGCGCCGUAGCCUUCCAGUUUGCAAACUUCUGGAGAGCUGCAUACAUGUUCGGAGAGGUUAGUGAUCUCUUGGUGCUCCAGCGACACGACGACACGCUGAUGCUGCUUCAAUUGCUUAUGAUUGGGACUGCGAUCAUAACAGGUCUACGGAUUCGCACACACUUCAGCUUACUUAUUUCAAUGUUUCUUCCGUGCGUGUAUGCCGUGUUUAGUCUUCCGCCAGGUAUGUCACCGCACGAUAGGUCAAUGGUAGUCGCUUUUUUGUUAGUUGUUGUGACAUCUUUAGUGUUGUCAUGGACGAGCCAACGAAUCAUCGAUAUUGAGCGACGUGUGGAAUGGAUGCGCGCUCUCAUGUUGGAAGAUGAGUUGCGGGCUCUGUCCCCCCAGGCUGAAGAAGAUCCAAAAGCAAAGAUGCUGAAUAAAUUGCGUGUAGCAGUCCAGGAAGAAGAUGACAAUGCUAUCCGGGAGGCUCGACUGUCCUUGUGCAGUUCUGGUUUCUCGGACGCAGAAGUUGAUGCCCACGUUGCCGACAUUCGCAAAGAAAUCAGCGAGAGAUUCGGUGUCAGCGCCGCGUAUCUGCUCUCAGACGAGUUUGAACAAUUGGUAGCCGACCGCACAGGGCGCCAGGAUCCAACUUUUUACGAGAUGAAAGACGCUUUGUUUUGUGGGCCGGACGCGCUUGGGAAAGCGAAGCUCUGCCCGCGUGAUGGCCAGCCUGGAUGCGCAAUCGUAGAUACGUUGCCGCCCCAGCACCGGGGAUUCUGCACGCACUUUCUCUCGUGGACAUGGGGGUACAAGCUAAGCUCCUUGCGGUCCGCCUUGGAGGAGUGGUUGGCGAGGUCUGCCUUGCAUCCCGACGAGGUGUUCUUUUGGAUGUGUUUCUUUGUGAACAAUCAGUAUCGCAUACUGCCACCACAUACAAGAAAAGGGUCUGACAAUCUCGGAGAGACAUUUGAGGGCAACCUGCGCCGUAUCGGGAAGGUAGUGGCCGUGCUGGAUACCUGGGAAGACCCUGUAUACCUCAAGAGGAUAUGGACACUGUUCGAGCAGUUCACAGCGGUCAACCUGGGGAUCGAGGUCGAAAUGGCGCUACCCGCGGCAUCAGCUCACGCCUUACUUGAACGGAUUGAGGAAGGCAGGGAAGGAAUUCUCGCUGUCGUCCAGCAACUCAGUAAAGUUGAUUGCCGAACUGCCGCCGCAUUCGAUCCUGGCGAUGAGGCAAGGGUCAAGUCACUCAUUCAAGCCUCUGUCGGGUUCGAAGCCGUCGAAAGAAAGAUCAAGGGAUUCUUUCUCUGUUGGUUGGCAUCUGCAGUGGAAGAGCGAUUCAACGAGCUGGUGCUCGGAGCUCCCGGCCAGCAGGCAGCUCGCAGCUUGGAGAUGCGGAAGAGCCGGAAGAGCUUUGAGCAGCCUAAUGAAUGCAUGUGACAUCGCAUUGCAUUUCAGCUCGUGACAAACACGUUAGGCUAUCCCGUGUGGGGGGCAAGGCAUACGAUUUGGACAACAUAUAUACGCCAAUCCGCCGGGGCAGGUUUCGCGCGCGCCUCAUUUGUAGAUAUCUUGACGGCGGUUUUCAGGCCCGCGCUGUCAGGGCCCGCCCGUCUUUUCAGAGCCACUUCACGUGGAGUGCCGUGGCCCGUUGUUUCCUGACAUAUUUCUAGGAUCCCAUGCGCAGUGCAGCGCGUUGCCGUAGACAGCCUGCCCGCGCUGGCACUUAGAAAGCUGCAGAUCCGCGGCGCGUGAACUUUUGCAUUGUUCCAGCGGAAAAAAAAAAGCCUCGAAGAGGUCUCUUGUAGAAGG